GCAGAAGAGAGAAUCGGGCAACUGGAUUUGGAGCUGACAACGAUGCGUAUUUCUUCGGGUUCAAACGUCGCAUCACGUGAGGUCCCGUUUGUGCACCAAGCGGAUGAGGGCUACGUGAUGCCAAGUCCUUCGAGAUUAAAAUUUGCCCCCGACAUCACACUGAAACCGGACUCAAUGAAACCGCUUUGUGAAGCGGCUGUCCAAUCCGAAAUGGAGUAUCAAAAAGGAAGCGCUGCAUUGCAGAUGCCUGAAUUUCAAAUUCUGGACGGAUCAGUCACCACCAGUCGAUCACCGAUCACAUUUCGAGAAACUGACAAUUUUGGCAACACGCUUAUCAACCUCCCUAAACGAGACCUGGUGACCUUCGAGGGGAUCCUGCCCGCUACUGGCUGUUCAUGUGCUGUUUCGAGGCAAACGUCCUAA